AUGUUUGACCCUUCGGCUCCUCCAACAUCAUGUCCAUUCUGCACAAUCUCAUCCGUCUUUGAGCCCUUUGAUCCCUUAAAUCCCCCACCAUCAACAUCCUCCCUCAUCAACCCCGAGCUCGUAUCACCCGCGUCCUUCAUUGUCCUCUCAACGCCAAUCCUCGUCGCCUUUCUCGACAUCCUCCCCCUGAGCCGCGGCCAUCUUCUUCUCUGCACACGCCCUCAUCGCCCCAAGCUCAGCGACGUGACGGCCUCUGAAUCCGCCCAGCUCGGCCAGUAUCUGCGUGUACUCUCAAAAGCCAUGGCGCGUGCGACAGGCGUCGAAGAUUGGAACGUGGUGCAGAACAAUGGAGCUGCUGCCGCGCAGGUCGUGCCUCACAUGCACUUUCAUAUCAUCCCUCGGCCUGAGAUAAGAGCCAGUGGGAGAUUCAGCGAGAGUUUUACCAUGUUCGGGAGGGGAAAGAGAGAGGAGCUGGAUGAUGACGAAGCGGUUGUGUUGGCGGAGCAGUUGAGGCAGAGUGUCGCUGCUGUGAUGAGGGAAGAAGAGGAAGAGCAGGGGCAAGACGAUACGAAAGCCAAACUAUGA